GUUAUGAAGACAUGAUUUAGCAUCGGAUAAAGACAUAAAAUCACGGUAUAGUAUUGUUGCAAGAAUACGCGUACACAUAAUUUAAAAAAUAACCCUUUUUCAGUAUUAUAGACUCUUUCUUAUGAUAGUUUAAUAAGAAAAAUUGUACAAGACGUUAAAAUUAAAUCAUUUUAAAAAAUAUAAACUUAUAUUCAAUAAUUUCUAAAAUAAAAUAGUGAUUCGAAAGAAGCCGAGGUUAGGUUAAUUUAAUGCGAUUUUUUCUAUUUAACAAAUCGUGUAAUUACAUUCACUUCAGUAUAAACAAAUAGAGACAAACAUGUCUGGUAUUGCCAGUGCUAGGCUUGCCGAAGAACGUAAAGCUUGGAGAAAAGAUCAUCCUUUUGGCUUUGUUGCCAGACCUACAAAAAAUCCUGAUGGUACACUUAAUUUGAUGAGCUGGGAAUGUGCUAUUCCGGGAAAAAAAUCCACUCCGUGGGAAGGAGGACUUUAUAAACUAAGAAUGAUAUUCAAGGACGAUUAUCCUUCCAGUCCUCCAAAAUGCAAGUUUGAGCCACCGCUUUUUCAUCCGAAUGUUUAUCCAUCUGGAACAGUGUGUUUGUCACUUCUUGAUGAAGAAAAAGAUUGGAGACCAGCUAUUACGAUAAAACAAAUUCUCCUAGGAAUUCAAGAUUUACUAAACGAACCAAAUGUUAAAGAUCCCGCACAAGCAGAAGCUUACACAAUUUACUGUCAAAACCGUUUGGAAUAUGAGAAACGCGUAAAAGUUCAAGCAAGAGCAAUGGCACCUCAAGAAGCUCAACUUUGAAGUUUUUCCUCAAGAAUUUGGUUUUCGAUUAAUAACAAUUCAUAAAAAAUGAAUAUUUACAAUUUUAAACAUCGAUUAUUUAGGUACAUAUUUGAAAUGUCAUAAAUAAAUAAAUCAUCUUAUGAAAAUAUUGUAAA